AUGGAGAUGGCAAAAAAUGCAGCCUGCAUGAUGAGAUUGAGCGGGAUUUGUCACUCGAAAACGGAAUUCGAGAAAAGGAAAGAACAACCAUCAUGUUUUUCAAGGCGACGCAGAACUUGGAAGAAGAUGAAAGCAAGUACAGCCAUUGAUGACCCACUGAAUGAGCCAUUUAGGAAAGUGUACCCUCCAUCCCAAGCAAAAAGAUACAACAACAUCAAGGGAAUCCCGAAGAAGUUCGUGAGAAAAUAUGGGAGCAAUCUGUCGAACUUGGUCUUCCUCCAGGUAGCCAGCGGUGAUGUUUGGGAAGUGGAACUGCUGAGAGGAAACGACGGCGCUUUUCUCCGAAGAGGAUGGCCAGAGUUUGUGAAGCACUUCGCCAUCAAACAAGGGCACUUCCUAGUGUUCAGAUACGAAGGAGGCUCCGCGUUUCGCGUGGUCAUAUUCGACAAGAGUGCUUCGGAGAUUGAAUACCCCGUCAUUUCUGAAAAUGAUGAUCCAAGAAUGGAAGAAGAUGAAGGGGACACGUUAGCUGAAGUAUUUGAGGAUCAUUCCCAUCAGUCACGCCGAAACCAAAGGCGAGAGCUGCCUUCAUCAACAUUAUUAUCUUCAUCUUCGAAGAAGAAGAAGAAAACAAAUGAGCGCUUGAAUAAGCAAGCAGUUGGAGGUGGUGGCAGCUAUAGUGUCUCUGAUGUCAGUGCAGGCCUCAAAUCUGGCUACUGGAGAAGGUAUCAUCCUUUCAGAGGCAGUGAACAAUCUGAGGCCCUAGAAAGAGCUACUUCUUUCCUGUCUCCAAAUCCAUUCUUCUUGGCUUUCAUGCAACCAUCCUUCAUUCACCACUCUUUGAGUGCACCGGCUAGGUUUUUCAUGAAGUACAUUCCCAAUUUCAGAAGCGGUGGAGACAUAAAUCUAUACAUGUCAAAUGAGAGAUUUUGGUCGGUCCGGUACAAGUUUGGAAUAUACAGCGGAAGGCCACAAAUCAAAGUCAACCGUGGUUGGAAACAUUUUGUGCAAGACAAUAAUCUCAAGUUGGGUGAUGUUUGUGUGUUUGAAAUGACGAGGAAGGUUGACCAAGUUUCAUUCAGAGUUGUCAUCUUCAGAGCCAACCAAGAUGCAGUCGAAUUCGAAGAGGCUUCUCAACAUAAGCUCAAAACAAGCUCCAGCGAACCGGAUAAAUCUGAGCAUGGCCAGGCCAAAAAUGAAGAACCCGCUUCUCAUGAUCAAUCUGCAGGCAAAAGUUUUGAGGUUGAACCAGCCAUGCAAAUGUACGCCCUCCCUGAAGCACGCGGCGACGGCGAGGAGGAAGGCACCGGUGGAAUGGUUUCGCCAAGUGGUAUAACAUCUAUUGAAAUUGCGAGCAAGUAUCGCACGAACCGACCAUCCUUCCGAAUAGUCAUUCGCCCAAAACACUUGCGCAGAUCUACUCCGAAUUUACCGGCAGGCUUUGCCAGGAGGUUCUCAGGGCAUAGACACAUAAUGGGGACUCUAAGAGGUGGCCGCAGAACCUGGCCUAUCAAGCUUUGUGUGUAUCCUCAGCGCAAUUCCAACAGCUUCAACGGCAAAGUCUCUGCAGGGUGGUUCAAUUUUGCAAGGGACAAUGCUCUUCAAGCAGGAGAUAUCUGCACAUUCGAGCUCCUCACUUCAGACCUCAUGGUUCUCAAAGUCUCCAUCUUCAGGAAGGUGUCGACUAAGUUACACUGA